GGCGAGAAGCAACCCCCGUGCUUAUAAUCUGCAGCCUAAGAAGAAAAAAAAAAAUCGCUGAAAAGGAGAAAAAGAGGAAAGAAAGGAGAAGAGGACGAGGAGCAGGAAGGAGGAGAGGGGCGAGAGAGAGAAAAGCAAGGAUAAAGGAGGAGAAUAAGGAGGAGAGAGAGGUUAAAAUCGGUGCGUCUCGGUAGUGAGGCUGUGAGGACCCCAAGAGCCACCGUCAUACAACCAUCGGUUCUUACGGAAAAAGGGGCGAAAUAUUUAAUCCCCAAUUAUGGCCAGAGCGGAUCAAAUAACGGUUCGGCACUCACCAAAACUGCGAGAAAAGAUGAGCCAAGAGGAAGAAAUACUAGAAUCACAGGAAAAUGAAAAAAGUAAUUUGGAGAAGAUUGAUGUUUCAGUCAUCAUCCCAGUCCACAAUGCAGGCCAAUGGCUCGAUGACUGCCUGGCCUCCAUCAGCCUCCAGCAACACACACUCAAUGUCGAGGUGUCUUUAUUCUUGGACAGCUGCACUGAUGACUCCGAGAGGAUCGUACAAGGCUGGUCUACAAGGCUUAUUGAACAGGGCUAUGCUGUCAUUACUACUGUUGAGAAGAAUGAAAACCCAAAAGGAGUUGGUUUUGCAAAGAAUAGAUCAGUAGAACAAAGUCAUGGAGAGUUUCUGUGCUUCUUGGAUUCUGAUGAUAUAAUGAAACCGACAAGAAUUCAGAAGCAAUAUGAACUGGCAUUCCAUAAUCAUGAGGCUAUUAUAGGCAGCAAAUUUACACGUGACCCUCCAGAUUCAACUCUACGGUACUCAAAAUGGGCAAAUGAACUUGAUGAAUCCAAAUUGACCUUACAAAUCUACACCUCCCAUGGCCCUACUGUGAUAAUGCCAACUUGGUUUUGCCAUCGAAAUGUUUUUGACAGAGUUGGUGGGUUUAGUGAAGCUGGAAAGGGAACACCAGAGGACCUCAUAUUUUUCUUCAAGCAUCUGCAACUGGGUGGCAAGGUCUUCCGUCAUCCCGAUAACCUCCUUGUAUAUAGAUAUCACCCGACUGCAACAACAUUUUCUAUUGACGAACAAACUAUCUGGAACUUAAGGAUCCAAGAAAUAGAAAAAUGCAUCCUAAGCCACUGGGAGUCCUUCACCAUCUGGAAUGCAGGCAAGCAGGGUCGUAAGUUCUACAGGUCCCUCACGACAGAAAACCAAAAGAAGGUUGUGGCAUUUUGUGAUGUUGAUGUGAAGAAGAUAGGGACGUGUUAUACAUACGAGGAGUCCAAGGAAAGGCCUAAGCCCAAAGUGCCAAUUGUUCACUUCAGCCAAAUCAAGCCACCCCUGAUCAUCUGUAUGAAGAUGGAUCUAACUGGGGGAAAGUUUGAAGAGAAUCUGGAAUCUUUACACCUGGAGGAGGGUAAAGACUACUUUCAUUUUAACUGAAUGUGUAAUACAAUAAAUUGUCUUUUUUA